AUGAGCGAAGAGGAGAACAUCUAUGUGGAGGUGUUCCCGAAAACCGAAACACUAAAACCUCAUCGGCCGCGCAUCAUGGACAUCAUCUCCGAAGAAGAGGCGAAUCGUGAAUACACUUCUCACGACUACCGACAACUCCUCACAAUGCCGGGUGUUCCACGUGAAAAGAAGCGAUGUUUGGCGCAACUCGUACGUGACCAUAUGCGUCUCAAAGAGAGCAAUAGCAAGAUGGCAAAAAAGAUGGAAGCUUAUGAAAGGAAGGAGCGUCGUGAGAUGAAGAAAAAGAAAACGAAUAGCGUGCUCACGAUUUUCUCAUCGGGUGUUCACGACCUGUUCGCUCGGAUGUUCGGAGAGUUGCGCUACGCACCGAUUCCGAUAAUUUUCGGAAUUGUUUUCACAAUCAAUUUGGUUGUUGUCUACAUUAUGGCGGUCAUCAAUGACGAUGUCGAUCCGAUUCUGCCAUACUUGUCAUCUGCAGCUGAUCGUCGUCCACAAUCUUGCAUUUUCGCCAUCCUGACCAACAUCUCCGCAAUGCUAUCGUUCGCCGUCAUCCUUUUGAGAUAUCAUAUCGUUGCCUUGUAUUUUGUGAUUGAGCAUGAUGAUCACCUCAACACAAUCCGCGCCAACAAUCUUUCGAUGAUCUCUGGAAUUAUUGCUUGCACGGGAAUGUUCAUCAUUGCCAAUGUUCAGGAGACUGCUCUAACUGGACUUCAUCUGUUUGCCGCCUUCAUGACCUUCCUCUUCGGAAUCAUGUACAUGGGAUUCCAGACCUUUGCUAGCUACAACUUUGCCGCUCGUAACAUGGGUACUAAGUUCCUUUUCUAUUUCCGCCUCGUUCUCACCGUCAUCGCCACAUUCUCGUUCUUGGCCGCUAUCAUCUGUGGAGUGAUCGCCUCCAGCCAAUUUCACGCCGUUUACCCGAACGAUCCGAUACCGAGACCAUGGAACCGCAAGCUGUACCAGCCGGGUACUGAGAUGCACAUAAUCUCUGCGUCGUUUGAGUGGAUCGUUGCCGUCCUCCACUGCGUUUAUCUUGUGUCUAUGAGCCGUGAUAUGGAAUUUCUCCGUAUCAGAGUUACAAUCACCCACGAAAUUGACGAAGCCGAAAGAAUCUACAUUCUCGAGUGCAAUGACGAGGCCUAG